CUGGUUACGGUCGCUAAGCAAAUCUGCUGCGAAAACAAUUGGGAGAUGCUAAGGAGAGGAGAGUGCUGAGAGCACCCAGCAGCACCCACCAAACCCCUGAGCCUGGAUUAGAUUUUCUCAAGUCAGCACAGUGUAAAGAGUAGAAUUCAAGAUGCCUCUCAGACGUUCUACAUCCAGUGCCCGAACUGACAGCAGUGAUGUUGACGUAGAAGGAAUAGACAGCGAACUGGCCAAAUUGCAGCGCAUGUUUCGCCUAAAGGAGGUAGUGCAUCAAGAAUUUACUACCAAGGAAAAGCAGAAAAUCAGGAGACAAGAAAAAACUAUAGAUGCCCUGGAAAAAGAGCAAGAAGAGCUUCUAAAGAAUCUAUCAGUCUCCGAAAGUCGGAGAAACCAGAUGCGAGACCAAGGGAGCAAAGCGAAGCUGCAUUUUUUGCUAGAGCAAAAAGGGGAGCUGGAUGAGCAACUUGCAGAAGAGAAGCAAACAAUUGCAAAUAUGGAACAAGAGCUAAAAGUUUUGGAAAAGAAAUUGUCUCAGCUAAGAAAACAUGGAAGAGUUUCUUCUGGGACCACUCAGAAAACUGCUGGAACACAUGUAAAAGUCAUGGAGAAUAGACUGGACAGGGCUGUAACUCGAUUCAAUUCUCAACUUUCAAAAAACGCCAAAAUGCGAGAGGAAAUCGAAAUUCUACGAAUUGAGAAAUCGCGCUUUGAACAGCUGUAUAAAAGACUAGAGAAGGAAUUACUCCAGACCAGAAAGGAGAUAGGGGCUGUGAUCGACGACUCAUCUUCCGCAUACGAUGCCAGAGACGAAGCUCAGACGAAAAUGUUGCAACUCAGGGAAAAGGCUGAGAAAGAUCUGAACCAGCACACAGCCGAAAUCAAGGAACUCCAACGCGUUAUAGAUCAUGACCGGAAACUGAAGGAGUUCAUGGGAGCAAAGACUCAGGAGCGUGCUGUCAGUGAGGAGGUUCUCAAUGCAAGACGCAAGAGAGAGAAAGAUGAAUUGGAGAAGAAGAAGAGAGACCCAACAGAAGAAACCCCAGAGACAUAUGAACAGGCUUUCCAGCAAAUUCAGGCUGUCACUGGGGAGGACAACCUAGACAUCCUUGUGACCAGGUUCAUUGAAGUGGAAGACCGAAAUUUUGCCUUAUUCAAUUUCGUCAAUGAACAGAACAACAAGAUUGAAAGGCUGAUGGAAGACAUUGCAGAGAUCAACAAAGAAAUUGAAGAAUUCCAAGCCCAAGGAGUGCGCCUGGAUAAGGAACACCAGACAAUCCUAAGGAGCAUAGAACGCAAGCAAGACGAGGCCAUGCUGCAAGCUGAUGGCUACCAGCAACAGCUAAAGAGUGUCAUGAAAAUAUUAGACCAGUUGAAAACAGGAAUUGAUUCCUUAUUCAAGAAGAUAAAUUGUGACCACUCAGUCCUGGAUGAAAUGUUGGGUUCCUCUUCCAGCAUCCGCGAGACAAACAUAAUGCAGUACCUUGGUCUCAUUGAGCAGAAAACUAAUGAGCUUCUGGCCGCUCAGUCCUUCCUAGACUCAAAGAACUACGACAAGCCGUACGAUCCCCAGGAAACCGCCCAAUUUCUCCUGGGACCACUAACAGACAUGCCGCCGCCGGUCUAUCAGAUAAAGCCACCUACAACCGGGGAGGAUCAUGACAGCGACAUGGAAUUCCCAUCAGCGGAGGAGGAAGAGAGACCCCUAACACACACAGAGCUCCGCGAGAGAAUCAUGAAGGGGGUGCUGAAAAAGGAACAAAAGGCAACAAAAAAAUCCAACUCCAAUGAAGCUGGCAUCGUUAAGAUGGCAUCCACUACCAAGAAAUAAUAACUGGGCGAUGAACUGGCACUGAAAAUGGGUUCCUUUCCCACCGCUGUUGACCAGAUAACCAGAAUAUAGUUUGUUAAAUCUGUUUAAAUACCUCUGUUAGUUAAGAAGAGUCAGUAAUUGGGGUUACUUCCUAUUCCCUCAAUGGUUUAUUUUAUGUUAAUAAAUACAGUAAGAAAAAACAAUA